CGACCGUGUAAAGCAGGAAUUUAGAAUGAGCUGCCAAACUUUCCUGGUAAACAUGAUAGAAAAGUUGCUGGAGAAGGCCCCCAUCAUAUACAGUUUAGUCCGCCUACUAAGCUGGAUGGACCCUCGGCAGAUUGCCAUGAAAGAUGAGAAGGAGAACAACAACAAAAAAAACCUCCAAAAAACCUUAAACAUGGUGGAUCACAGAAGGGUGGAGGAAAGCAAUUGCGACAGGAUUCUGUUCCAGUAUUCCAGACUGAGUGAAAAUAUCCAAGAAGAUGAGGAGAUUUGGGUCGCUUUCUCUGACUUCAACAUCUCUAAGGACAGGCUGGACACGCUCUUCCACUCCACUCUGCAUCAGCAGGAAAGCCAGCAGUUCCAGGAGCUAUGGGGCGUCAUAAAGCAGCUGCUGCUCCUGUCCCAUGGACAGGCAUCUGUUUUAAGAGGCUUCUCCACAAACAAGAAGGUCACCGAAGACAACCUAAGCAAGGAGUCACUGAUUGCUCGGAGGCAAAUAGUGGAGGUGGUCCAGCAAUAUGGAGGGCCUGAGAUGGUGCCUAUCACGAGGGAGCUGUUGGUCGCUGCGUCUUCUGCCAGAAGUAUUUACGUCCAACAUCUAGAGGAGGAAAAGAAGAAGGAUGCAUCAAAACAGACAGAGAAGAGGAAGGCAGCUAAGGCAGAGAUAGACAGCCUCACAGCCAAAAAAAACAGAAUAGAGACUGAAAUAUCUACGCUUAUUGAGAAGGCUGACAGGCUGUGUGAGGAGGCUGAAGAAAAGAGGAAUCUGAGGUUUAUCACCGAGGCCAAUGCACUCAGAGGCAGAGCAAAGGACAAGAGAGCCACUUUGGCACCUCUACAGCAACAAAUAGAGGAAGCACUGGGUUGGCUCAAGGAGCGAGAGUAGGGGUGCUGAGACAGACAUCAGUAGAAGACAUUUGUGUAUAUAGUUGCAAUUCUAGUUAGAAUCUGUUUUUCUGUAGACUGUUAUGUGAGGUAAUUAUGUGAAGACAUUGACAAUGGUCAUAUCAAUGAGACCUAGAGAGUAGGGGUGCUGAGACAGACAUCAGUAGAAGACAUUUGUGUAUAUAGUUGCAAUUGUAGUUAGAAUCUGUUUUUCUGUUGACUGCUAUGUGAGGUAAUUAUGUGAAGACAUUGACAAUGGUCAUAUCAAUGAGAACUACCACAAGGGGCAACAGGUGAUCACUGUCACAGGUACUGAGGUACUGGAACCUCUGAUGAACCAAGAACAGCCGAUGGCACCAUUUGAGUGAUAUGCAUCUCAACACUCUGGAACUGGCUGACAACUACAUACAAGCAGAGGGAGCCAAGGACCUGGCAGAGAUGCUCAAGACUAAUUUCACCAUCCAGAAUUUGGACUUGUCCAACAACCAUCUUCAUUCUUCCGGAGCUGAGUAUGUAGGCAAAAUGUUGCUGAACAGCCGUUCGCUAAAAUAUAUCAAACUCUCAGGAAAUGGAUUUACAGACGAUGAUGCAAAGUAUUUUGUAGAAGCCUUGUCUCUGAAUUUAAGUAUUAAGGAGUUAGACCUCAGCCAUAAUAGGUUUUGUGGACGAGGAGGGGAGCAUCUAGGACUGUUGCUGGCAAGCAACACGUGUCUGGAGGUGUUGAACCUUUGUUGGAAUCAGCUCAGAAUGAAAGGAGCUGUUGCUCUAAGUGCUGGACUCAAGGUGAAUUCAAUGUUAAAGCACCUUGAUCUUUCAUGGAAUGGUUUUGGGAACGAGGGGGCCCUCGCAAUGGGCGAAGCCCUGAAAUUCAACAACACCCUGGUGCACCUCAACCUCAACAACAACCGCAUCACCAAUGAGGGUGUCAGCAUGCUCUGCAUAGGUCUUGAGUACAACAAAACACUCCGGGUUUUGAUGCUAGCUUACAAUUCACUAACCGUAAAGGGAGCACUGUCCUUGGUCAAUACAGUGAAGAAAACGCCUAAAAGUGCCCUGGAAGAGAUUGAUAUAUGUAAUGUGUUGGUCAAUGAAAACUUUUUACAUCUCCUGGAGGUGGCAUCCAAAGACCAUCCGAAUUUGGAUGUACAGUACGGGGGGGUUGGAGGUUUUAUUGGCAAGAAAACACUCAAACCGAUCGAUCCAAUGAAAGUCAUCCAGGACUAUCUGGAUCGACGCAAGCUACGUUUGUGGGAUUUCUUCCGAAAUAUUGACAAAGAUGCCACCAUGCAAGUUCCUGUGGUUGACUUCAGGAACGCAGUACAGCAAUCAAGCAUUCCCUUGGAUCGAUUCCAGAUUGAAGUGCUUAUCCAGAGGCUUGAUCGCAACAGGACAGGAAUUGUGGACUACAGGGGACUGGUGGAUACUAGGAAGCAGAUGAUGCAGAAUCACCGUCAACAGCUGCGCAAGGUCGCAUCCCGUCAAAAGAAUGAGAAGCAUAAGAGCGACCGUAUCCUCGAGACAUUCCAGAGCGCCGUGGAUGCGAUGACACCGCAGGGCUCCACGGUCAUAUCUCCAGGGGACGCCAGAGAAGAGUCAGCUGGGCCCCAUCGCUUCUCCGCAACUCUUUCCAGCUCUUGGCACCGCACUGUGAUGUCAAACAGUGGCCGAUACACAAUCUCCAACCGCAGCAGUGACCACGUUCACCUGCCCAUGUUGGCAGGCCCCACGCCUCCCUGUAUCACCAAGUCUCCACAUUUGUACUCACGGUCCCAACCCAACUUGGUGACUACUUCUCCUCUGUCUGCCCAAGGGAGGUCCAUCGCUGUACGGACCGUAAAGUCCAAUCUGGAGGUGGGCCACAACAAGGUUAAGCAACCCACAGUGAGCCACCUGACCAGGUCCAGACCUGCUCUUGAUACCACACAGCUCAGGAAUAAAGCCAAGAAAGGGAAGAAAGCUAAAGCAGGGAAAUUUGAGAAGAACUCAAAGAAUAUAAAAACAUUGAAAAAAAACAACUAAACAGAUAUAGUAGGUUUCAAUGUUGGUGCAAUUUAUUUGCCUUGAUGAGUAGAGGCUUUUUUUUUUUUUUUUUUUUAAAUUAACAAACGGGUCGAAAUUAUUCCGUUUCAUGGUUUAUCUCAAAUGAGUCCGUGGUGCAAAACAAAUAGUAGGUUUUGGAAAUUACAAACACUUUGUGUCAGUACUUAAGUAAACUUUUUGGGAUAUCUGUGAUUUACUUGAAUGCUUAUAUUUCUUACAAUUUUUUACUUUCACUUCUAAAAUUUCAAAACAGCUAUCCGUACUUUCAACUACUUGUUACUUUUUUCAUCCUCCUUGGCCGACAUAGAGGGAAGUACUGUAAAGUCAACAGCGGUUGAGACCUUGAUUUAUUGAAAUGUGUUUUCAUAAGGCAGGAGGGACAACAGUGACAGAGGAACGUGAAGCAGGGAUCAUUAUGACUGCUCAAUAAAUUUGGAAUAAACCUAUUUCCCAUUUCACGUUAUUUAAAACGUUUGUUGAAUGCUAUGAGAAAUGUUGGCAAAUAUGUUGCCUUGUGCCAGCCAGCUUCUAGCAUUAAAAAAAUCUAUAAAAUCA